AUGAUCAAGGCCUCAGAGGGUGGUGGUGGAAAAGGAAUCCGGUGUUGUACGUCCCCUGGACAAGUAAAAGAUUUGUUUUUGGCGGUUUCAGAAGAGGUAAAAGGUUGCCACAUCUUUGUGAUGCGCAUGCUCAGCAAUGUGCGCCAUUUAGAGGUACAAUUGCUUGCAGAUGACUACGGCAACUGCAUCACCGUGCGCACCCGUGACUGCAGUGUUCAGAGACGCCACCAGAAGGUUAUCGAAGAAGGCCCCGUCUUUAACGUCCCGCGAGAUGUGAUCACGGCGAUGGAGCAGGCCGCAGUUCGCCUCGCUAAGACGGUAAACUACCAAGGCCUGGGCACGGUUGAGUACAUGUAUGACAAAACCACUCAUCAAUUCUACUUUUUAGAGUUAAACCCGCGCAUUCAGGUGGAGCACCCGGUAUCAGAGCUUAUCUCUGGUGUCAACCUCCCCGCAGCCCUUUUUUGCGUCGGCAUGGGGGUGCCACUCCAUCGCAUCCCGGAAGUACGUCAGUUUUAUGGCGAAGAUCCCUAUGGUACCUCGCCUAUCGACUUUGUUAAUUGUGAGAGUCUGCCACCAAAGUGCCACACCAUUGCCGUACGUAUCACCUCUGAGAACACUGAUGAGGGGUUCCGUCCAACAUCCGGCCGAGUAGAGGAAAUUACAUUUAAGAACAGCAAGGAGUGUUGGGGUUACUUUUCAGUCAACUCCGGCGGCGAGAUCCACCAGUUUGCGGACUCGCAGUUCGGUCACAUUUUCUCCUCCGGUAGCACUCGAGAGGAUGCCCGACGUGGCAUGGUGCUCGCCCUGCGCAACCUCGUCAUCCGCGGCGAAAUCCACACUUCUUCGGCGUAUAUUAUGGAGCUUCUGGAAACAGCAGAGUUCCGGCAGUGCGAUGUGGACACCGCAUGGCUUGACCGUCUCAUUGCGAAAUCCAACGCGGCGGCGCCAAGCCGUGAGGGGGUAUACCUUGCCCUGAUUGCCGCCAGUAUCUUCCGUAGCUCACGCCGCAUGCAGGAGAACACCGAUAAAUAUAUCUCCUUCCUCUCCGCUGGCCACAUCCCCCUCGACGGAGUACCUCUCCAACUACAUCACUGA